CUGCGUGGGCUCCUCGAGUUCCGUCCCGUUCGGCUGCUCGCGGUAACACUCCGCUCCGAGGGCCCGGCCCCUCUAUGGGAGCGAGCAGGGGCUGUAGGAACCUGUGAGGGAACGGCUGAGCGCGGCACUGAACGCUCGGAAGAUAUCCUGUAAGGAAGCGAAGGAUGAGCAUCAAAACUUCAGCGUCCGCUGGGCCACCUGUUUGUGUCUGAGCAAGCUGGGCGAGGUGUGGAUGCCGGAUGCCAGCACCGACCUGUGUACGUGUGUGUGCUUUGUGUUGGAUAUGACCGGCGUGGAGCAGCGCGCAGGACGUCUCCGAGGGCUGUCACCCAUCCUGACAGCUGGGAACCGCCCGCAGCUCUGACCAAGAGGGAGGAAAGCUCUUCUCCUGCUGCUUCCAUUGGUGUCAGCAGCCAGCCGUCAGCUCCCAGACACCUGCAGGCAAAGAGGAAAUGACAGGAAUUGUGAGAUUGCUAGACCUGCAUGACUUCUGCAGACUGCUCCAUGUCCAGCAAAGCUGAAAGAACAAAAAUGACAAUGUUUGGCUUGAUGAAAACCUGGAAAACAAGAGAGUAUGUAAUACAGGCAUAGAUGGGAUUUCUCAAAGGUGGGAAAAGAAAACAAACAUAGAGAGCCUCUCUUUGACCAAGAAGGGAUCUUCAGAACACCGAGUGAAGCGUUGCAGUGAGCUAGAACAAUGGAGAACUGGCUGGUGGCUGCAGGCAGCAGAAGCAGCCACAAGAAAUGCUGAACACCACUGAAAGCUGGUGAUGGUGAGCCCGACCUCCGAGCAGUACGACAGUUUGCUGCGGCAGAUGUCGGAGAGGAUCGAUGAGGGAUGCGGGGAGACCAUCUAUGUCAUCGGGCAGGGAUCAGAUGGAACCGAAUAUGGUCUGAGCGAGGCAGACAUGGAAGCAUCCUAUGCCACACUGAAGAGCAUGGCCGAGCAGAUCGAAGCUGACGUGAUCCUCCUGCGGGAGCACCAAGAGGCAGGGGGCAAGGUGCAGGACUACCUGGUUCGGAAACGUGUGGGUGACAACGAUUUCCUGGAGGUCAGGGUAGCAGUGGUUGGCAAUGUGGAUGCAGGAAAGAGCACCUUGCUGGGUGUCCUAACACAUGGUGAGCUUGACAACGGUCGAGGCUUUGCUCGGCAAAAGCUCUUCCGCCAUAAGCAUGAGAUUGAGUCAGGCCGCACCAGCAGCGUGGGCAAUGACAUCCUGGGCUUCGACAGUGAGGGCAACGUGGUGAACAAGCCUGACAGCCAUGGUGGCAGCUUGGAGUGGACAAAGAUCUGCGAGAAAUCCACCAAGGUCAUUACUUUCAUUGACCUGGCUGGUCAUGAGAAAUACCUGAAAACCACCGUCUUUGGCAUGACCGGCCAUUUACCUGACUUCUGCAUGCUUAUGGUUGGCAGUAAUGCUGGGAUUGUGGGAAUGACCAAGGAGCACUUGGGACUGGCACUUGCACUCAAUGUUCCUGUCUUUGUUGUGGUGACCAAGAUAGACAUGUGCCCAGCCAAUAUCCUCCAAGAAACCCUGAAGCUGUUACAGCGACUGCUGAAGUCCCCAGGGUGCAGGAAGAUUCCCGUGCUGGUUCAGAGCAAGGAUGAUGUCAUUGUAACAGCCUCCAACUUCAGCUCAGAGAGGAUGUGUCCAAUUUUCCAGAUCUCGAAUGUCACUGGGGAGAACCUAGAUUUGCUGAAGAUGUUUCUUAAUCUCUUGUCUCCACGGACCAGUUACAGGGAAGAAGAACCAGCAGAAUUCCAGAUAGAUGAUACUUACUCUGUCCCGGGUGUAGGAACGGUUGUGUCUGGGACGACGCUGAGAGGCCUAAUCAAGCUGAAUGACACCUUGCUGCUGGGGCCGGAUCCGCUUGGCAACUUCCUGCCUAUUGCUGUCAAAUCCAUCCACCGCAAGAGAAUGCCUGUCAAAGAAGUGCGGGGAGGCCAGACCGCCUCCUUUGCUUUGAAGAAGAUCAAGCGUUCUUCUAUCCGGAAAGGAAUGGUAAUGGUGUCACCCCGCCUGAAUCCGCAAGCGUCAUGGGAGUUUGAAGCAGAGAUUCUGGUGCUCCAUCACCCCACCACCAUCAGCCCACGGUAUCAGGCCAUGGUGCAUUGUGGCAGCAUCCGUCAGACAGCCACAAUUCUCAGUAUGGACAAGGACUGCCUGCGGACAGGGGAUAAAGCUACAGUGCACUUUCGCUUCAUCAAAACCCCGGAGUAUUUGCAUAUAGACCAGCGCCUGGUCUUCCGUGAAGGCCGUACCAAAGCUGUGGGUACCAUCACUAAGUUACUCCAGACCACCAAUAACUCCCCAAUGAACUCCAAGCCACAGCAGAUCAAGAUGCAGUCAACAAAGAAAGGAGCUCUUACAAAACGAGAGGAUGGUGUUCCUCCAGUUGGGAUGGCAACUGGGGGCCCACUGGUGGGGGACGAGCCCCCCUCAACAGCCGCAGCACCACCAACACCGACCGCCCUGCAGCCAUCGCCUGCACUGGAUGAAGAGCCCCACAUCCGUGAGGGCAACAAGUCAAAAGUUGGAGGAGGAGGUCGGCGGCGAGGAGGUCAGCGCCAUAAAGUGAAGUCUCAAGGAGCCUGUGUGACUCCUGCCAGCGGCUGCUAAAUUUCUUACUCCCCCUCCUCCUGAGGAAUUCCUCCCUUUCCUUUCAUUUAUUAUCCAAAAGAUCCAGAGCAGCUCAAACCAAAAUCCAUCCCAGCUGACUGGCUGCAGAAGAAUCUUCCUUCCUCCUCAAAGGAGAAGAUGGAGAGGAACAUUAACUUAUAAGCUAAUGAAGGUGAUAAGACACAGAACUGAGUUACUGACACCUUCCUCCUCCCCCUGUCGACACAUUUUUGUACAUCAUGGGCUUAGUUUUUAUUCUUAUUAGUUUUUAUUAUAUUUUGUGUGCAUGAAGAUGAGAGACUGGAUAGAGCCAAGAAGAGCCAGUUAGCUGCCUCCCUCCUCCCUCACCCCAUUCUGGCUGCGGGACUCGCUGUUCUCUCUCACAUGCUAUCUCAAAUCCUGGGGCUGUCAAACACCUGAAAUUUCAGACUUGCAGUGGUUAAAACUCGUUGUUUAGGGUGAGUCUGUAUGGCACUGCUUCUGCACUGCUGUGGCCACAUGCCAGAUAUAUUUCCGAGUUCUCCCCCAUCAUAUUCUAUUUGGAAGUGGUUUUAAUUUCAGGUCGUAGUGACAGAGAUUUGAAUGAGAUGAUGGUAAGAAAAAAUUCAUUAGCUGGAGGUCUAAGAGGGAAGGAAACUGGAAAGCAGUUAUUGAUCUUAAGUUGAGGAGUCCCAUACUAAAUAUCCUUCUCAAAUGCAGUAGUAGCAGUUAAGAUUUUUUUUUAGAGACAGAGAUAAAUGGGCAAUGAUUUGCUUUUCCUUUUCCCUGCUUUUCCUAUUGUCUGUUGGGCACAUUUUGGAGCAAAUCCUACCCACCUCUCUUGGCUAUGGCAGCUCAAUGAGCAGUAUUAACAAUAUUGGGCAGGAGCACUCAGUCCGUCCCUUGAGCCAGAGAAAAAGCCUUCUCACCUCGACGGACAGAGACCCCACGGGUGGAACAGACACCAGGUAAAGAUGACCUCCCCUUCAUUUUGGUUGCUCCAGGAUUUCCUAAGCAUUUUCUAGAACUCACUGGCCCAACUUUGCUGUGGUAAGGAUUAUAUGAUUUGUCUUCUCCCCUCUUGGCCAGAGAGGGACCAAACUUAGAGAAGUACUUUCAGGUUUGGAAGUGCGUGGUAAAUUUUCUGCCUUUAAUUGAAUUAAUUCAGCUGUAAAUGGUAAAUUUGAGUUUCAGGAAGGCCCUGCAAGCACGCUCUGUGAAUUACCAAUAUCAUGUCUUCUAACUCCAGGCUGUGUGAGCGAUCAGUUCCCCGUUUGUUCUCAUCUCUCUUCUCACUCAGCCCCUCGGUGGCUGCCUGCAGGCCAGGAGUUACCCCCUGUGGGUGGGAGUGCAGGGCCAUCUGGAGGGAGGAGAUGGACACCAGCAGAUCGCUGCUCUCCCCGGCAGGUGUGGUCACCUUCAGUUUGAGGUCCUUCUUCCCCAGUGGAAGACUUCUCGUGGAGAAAGACUUUUAAAGUUGCAGUCCCACUCCAGAGGGCUGUUCCUGUUUCUUGCUAGAAUUGUAGAGCUUGUUCCAUUCACUGCUUGGUUUCAGGUAGGCUGGAAAGCCAAGUUUGGAGGUAGGCUCAAAUGCCAUCCAAGCGAGAGCAAGCAGUAGGGCUAGCGAGGGAAAAGCUCAUCUUCUGCUGUGGAUAUCAGCACUCCAAAAGCAUUAAGCAGAGCGGUGAGCUGAGGAACACCAUGGAGAGGAGGUACUUUGCCUUAGAGACUGUAACGGCCUGAGCACGGGUGGCAGCGGGGAGGUCAGCCCAUCCUUUCCCAGCUAUGUGCCUCAACACCAGCGCUCUCCUGGAGAGGGGGGAACCAUAGGCGGCUCCAACACCUAAUAGCACCUGCGUUGUGAGGGUGUGAAAUGUGGCUAAGAAGGGCGCGAGGGCCUGCUGCCUUCGUCCUGGCCCUGUGUAGCAGCAUCAAAUGCAUCAGAUUUCACCACCCUCCGCUUCCAUGGGGAGCAGAGGGCCGCGGCGGUGUUCUCUUUCUCCAUUCCUUGUGCUCCAAAUGAAGGAGACUGCCGAGACUGGAAGAGGGUUUAAUUUCAGUUUGGGUGAAGGAAGCGGCGCGAUCUCUUUUGUGACCAGCAUUCAAAGAUCACUCGGGCUGGCGUGAUCUAUAAAAUAAAUUUUACAAAGGUUUGUUCCGAGUUAAA